AGCCGUGUUUCUGCUACUAGGGAUACAGACAUGUCAAAUUAUCCUGUUGUAUAAUAAAAAUUCUAACGUUAAAUCAACAUAAUUAAUAUAAUCGAAGCGAGUAGAUACUAAGUGACGAGAAAUGGUGGAACCGGAAUAUAAAUCGAAUCUAAUAUACACGUUAUUUACUACAAACAUUUGACGAAUUUUUCCAAUAUGGCGACUUGGUCAAGACAUGAAUUACAAAAUUUGAAAAUUAAAACGAAAUCGAUCGAACAGACGCUAGUUCCCCUCGUUACGCAGAUAACAACUUUAGUUAAUGCAAAGGCUAGACCUAUUAAAUCUCAGAGAACCAUCCAUACAAUUGUACAAGUAGGACAAGCCGUUAAUAUAGCGAUCGAACAGUUCGUUAAUGUCGGCGAAGCCAUUGCAGAUGACAAUCCUGAAAUUAGACAAGAUAUAUAUGAAGCUUGUAGAGAUGCGAGAAAUGCAGGUGCAAUGAUGGAACAGGUAUGUGAGAUUCAUCAGGAUUAUUGUGGUGGUUGGCGAUCGUGUGCAGAUAAAACAAGUAUGGUCCAUGCAGCCAAAACUUUAUUGUCUUCAGUAGCCCAAAUAUUACUAUUAGCAGAUACUGUAGUUGUAAAGCAGCUAAUUCUUGCUAAAGAAAAGGUAGUAUUAACAUUGGAUAGUUUAGAAAAUGUCACACAUUUUACAGAAUUUGUAAGAAUAUUUAAUCAGUUUGGAAAUGAAAUGGUAGAAUUAGCACAUUUAACUGGAGAUAGACAAAAUGAUUUAAAGAGUGAAAAAAGACAUUCCCAAAUGGCAGCUGCAAGACAGAUUUUAGAGCGGUCGAUGAUGAUGUUACUCACUUCUUCCAAAACAUGUCUUCGUCAUCCUGAUUGUUUAAGUGCCCAAAAGAACCGUGAUACAGUUUUUAAACAAGUGAGAAAAGCAUUGGAUUUAGUACAUUUUGUAGUCAGAGACGGAAUUAGCGUCGAACGAGAAAUUUGCGGUAGUGCGUUUGAAGAUGGAAGAUUAACUCCAACUCCUAGCUGGAAAAUGGAAGAUCUCGAUUUAUGUCUGACCAUACAUAGUAUUAUACAAAACUUUGAAAGUACUGUAGAAGUAAUCCGCACAUCAUUUAUUGGUCCUGCUUGUAGAGAGCAGUUGACAAGUAUGUUAUCGACUAUAAUCGAACGCACACAAGACUUCACCGACUGUGCUUACACUUCACAUUCCCAUAGAAAGAAGAUAAUAUUACUCUGCAAUAGUGCUAAAUUAGAAUUGAAUCAUCUGCUUCGUAUAGGAUGCUCUCUAGAUAAAGGUGAUUCUAUGUUCCAAAUGGAAGAAUUUGAAGCUUCUAUUCUACAAAUGCUUCGAGCAACUAAAGAUCUCAGGCAGGAGAUAUAUUUUAGGACAUGUAAAGGAUUUAUUGUAUGCAAUUACGAAAAUUUCUACAAUAAACUAUAAUUGUAAUCUUCUUACAGCAGAUUUUUAUCUGUUCUUAUUACAAUAUUAUAGUUUAGACAGUUGUAUCGUCAAAUUCUAGUAUUUUUCUAGAAGAGACAGCCUUGAAUGAAG